AACAGGUUAAAAAUGUUGUUUCCUGUGUUCCCCGGGGAGUCUUUUAGUACCAGCUCGACGGGGGACCCUUUGACGUGCCCGGAGAUGUCUUCAGAAAAAAGCGGAGAAGGGAGGCAAAGCCAAAAAGCUGGACGAGGACGUUAGCAUGGACAGCUCGACAACUUUCCGGUGCCGCCCGUUGGAGGCACAGCGAGCACGAGGACACCGGAGAUGUGCCCCCUGGUUGCGGUGACGGUUGCAAAGUUUGUUCAUCCCUGAGGCAACGAUGGACUGGACGUGCAGAUGAACACCACGCUCUCAUGGCCAUGCGCUGCGGAGGGGACGAGGGGACAACACCAGUGCCUCAGAGAAACAACAACAACAACAACAAUAAUUCAGCACAGGCACGCAGGUGCUCACAAAGCGGCACGGCACACGGUGGACAUCUUAAACGAUGGGGCUCCCAGGAAGGUGUGUGGUGCUGUGUGACGAGAGGAGCAGGCGCCCACUCAGAUGCUCCUGACCCCCUUUGGCGAUAUCUGGGAAUGAUUCAGAAGACAAGACUGCUUUGAAGUGAACCCCGUGAGGAGCAUCCAAAACGACACAAUAUUCUGGUGGUAUUUUCCUGCGACGUCUUUGGGAUUCACCUGCCUGAGCCUUGACUCUCUGACCGCCAACUGAUCGGGAUACUGAUGUGAAACCUGCGAUGGAGACCAGGGCUUGAUAUCUUGGACUGGAAACUGAUCAACAAUGGACCGGCUGGUUCUGUGCGUGCUGCUGUGUGCAGCUCUGGUGAAGGGGUACAGCUGCCCCGGCCGCUGCAUCUGCCAGCAUCUCUCCCCGACUCUCACUCUGCUCUGUGCUAAGACUGGUCUGUUGUUCGUGCCCCCCACCAUCGACCGCAAGACCGUUGAGCUGCGACUCACUGACAACUUCAUCACCAUCAUCCGCAGGAAAGACUUUUUCAACAUGACUAGUUUGGUCCACCUCACCUUGUCCCGCAACACCAUCAGCCAGAUCACCCCGCACGCCUUUCUGGGCCUGCGAUCCUUGCGGGCGCUCCACAUGGAUGGAAACCGCCUCAGUGUGAUAAAGAGCGACCACUUUAAAGGCCUCAUCAACCUCCGGCACCUCAUCCUCGGGAACAACCAGAUCCACCAGGUAGCCCCCACCUCCUUUGAUGAGUUCGUUUCCACCAUAGAGGACUUGGAUCUUUCCAGUAACAACCUGCGCAGCCUUCCCUGGGAAGCCAUAGCCCGAAUGACCAACAUAAAUACGCUCACACUGGACCACAACCUGAUUGAUCACAUUGGGGCGGGGACUUUCACGCUGCUCACCAAGCUGGUCCGCCUGGACAUGACCUCAAACAGGCUGCAGAAGCUGCCACCAGACAGCCUGUUCCAGCAUGCACAGGUGCUGUCUGACGCCAAGGGCUCCAGCUCGUCCACUCUGGCUGUGAGCUUUGGUGGAAACCCUCUACACUGUAACUGUGAGCUGCUGUGGCUCCGCAGGCUGACGAGAGAGGAUGAUUUGGAGACUUGCGCAUCGCCAGAGCACCUCAUGGACAAAUACUUCUGGUCCAUCCAAGAGGAGGAGUUUAUCUGUGAGCCUCCGCUGAUCACCAAGCAUCUUGCCACCAAGCCCUUUGUGAUGGAGGGGCAGGGUGUGACUCUUAAAUGCAAAGCCGUCGGUGAUCCAGACCCAGACAUUCACUGGCGGUCACCAGACGGCAAGUUGGUGCAUAAUAAUUCCCGCACCAUCCUGUAUGAUAACGGCACGCUUGAUAUUCUCAUCACUACACUGAAGGACAGUGGAGCAUUUAAUUGUGUGGCGUCCAAUGCCGCAGGCAUCGCCACAGCUGCUGUGGAGAUCAACAUGAUCCCCUUACCCUUGUUUGUUAACAACACAGGCCAUAUGCGUGAGGACCCCGGCCUCUCAGACAUCACCACCUCCUCCAAAUCUGGCAAUGACACCAAGGGCUACGACAAGCAGGACAGAAGGGUGAUGGUCACCGAGCUGACCUCCUCCUCAGCUGUAAUCCGUUGGCCAUCUGAGCGCCACAUCCCUGGCAUCAGGAUGUAUCAGAUUCAGUACAACAGCACUGCAGAUGAUACUUUGGUGUACAGAAUGAUCCCAUCUACAAGCAAGAACUUCUUAAUCAAUGAUCUGGCCGCAGGGCGGGAGUAUGACCUUUGUGUGCUGGCAGUUUAUGACGAUGGCAUCACAUCAUUAACGGCCACACGUGUAGUAGGUUGCGUGCAAUUCCACACAGCCAGUGAGGUCAGCCAGUGCCGCUUCAUGCACAGUCAGUUCCUUGGAGGCACUAUGAUCAUCAUUAUCGGUGGUAUAAUUGUUGUUUCAGUGCUGGUGUUCAUUGUCAUCCUGAUGAUCCGUUACAAGGCCUACAGCAGCCCAGAGGACAGCAAGACCAAGGUCAGCUCCAGCAUGCACUCCCAGACCAACGGCAGCCAGCAGCGGCUCCAGCGCUCCGCCUCCAAGCAGCCCUCUGACGAGGGCCAGCGUGAGGCCCAGGCGCCCAAAGAGUGCAUGGCGCUGGUGCUGAGGGUGGACAAUGAGAAGAAGGAGGAUCCAGAAGCCACCACUGCCAUCCUGGAGGUGGAGCUGCCAAUGACUGUAGACAAGAUGAAGAGAAGAACCAGCCUGGAUGCACAGCGCUCUGGUCCCCCGUCUGAGGACACACAGACAGACAGUAGCCUGACCGGCUCCACCAUGUCCCUGUGUCUCAUAGGUCCCAAUGCUGGCACCAAGGAGGCUCCCAGGCUCAAGGACAAGAAAAGUGCCCUGGCCAACAUGGGAUUGCUCCCUAAUGAGCUGGCACGAACUAGGCACAGAUUCUCUUUUGACGGUGGGGAUUACUCCAUAUUUCAGAGUCAUAGUUACCCACGCAGAGCGAGGACGAGGUGGCACAAGUCCACCAACCAGCUCAACAUGGAAUCGUCUCCGCUCGCCAACAGGAGAGUUACAUUCAGCAGCACCGAGUGGAUGCUUGAGAGCACAGUCUGAGGAAAGCAGUGUAGCCGGAAGACGGCUCAGCCACACACUAACAUACACAUGUAAAAACACAAAUAUGUCUACAUGCCAUACAACGCACACUUUUCCUGCACACAGCACACGAUUGACACAAGCACAUUUACUUACACAUGCAAACUGUCUGUGAGUUGCUGGAGAAGAACACAGUCUCCCUUCAUCCGGCCUCCCCAUCAUACUCCCAGAGAGGUUUGUUGGCCAUGUCCUUUCUUUAUGCAGCGGUGCCUUAUUCUAAAAAAAAAUGUACGAAUGGAGGAUGCUGCUCACUGUAGUCAUAAACAUUCCUCUCUAUCAUUGCCUCCCACCCUGAUAAUGGGAAGCAUUACUUUGAUUUUUUUAAUUUUCUCCUAUUUCUGUGACAUGCUAAGGGGGUGUGGCGUUUGGAUGUGACUGUUUAAUUGUUAAAAAAAGAAAAAAAAAACUUCAUCAUAACUGUAAAGUGAACAGCCAGGUAUCCUGUUACAUCAAUCAUGUUUUGGGUUCUUUCAAAAAAAAAAAAAAAAAA